AAUAAGAGUCCACUGUUUACGCAAUACAUUCAAAACACGUGUUGUUUACUAAUACAGUAUAACGUAAUAUCAAUCAGUGUUUGCCAUCAAAAAAAUAAAUCAUAACUUAUUGUGACAUUUGUUUUUUGGUGAAGAUAUUGACAAAUACAUAGACAACACUAGUGUUAGCUGAUCCCAAAGCAGUAGUAGUAGUGAUGACAGAUGACAACGACGACGGCGAUGAUGGCGUCGUUCACGACGAGGUCGAGAUCGAGGACUUUACGUACGACGAAGAGACGGACACAUUCACCUAUCCGUGUCCUUGCGGUGACACCUUUGCCAUCACAAGAGAAGACCUCGAAAACGGCGAAGACGUUGCCCGAUGUCCGUCGUGUUCGCUAAUAGUUCGGGUCAUAUUCAAUGUGGACGAUAUCGGCGACAUUUGUUCGGCAAAAGUCAAACAAAAACAACAAGAAUCGGCUGUUUUGGCCACCAAUUGAUAACCAAAUUAUUUAAAACAAAAAUUUUAGAAAUCGUUUUCAAAUCAAUCAUUCAU